GACUUGCCCGACCUCUUUUUCGGUCACUUGACGGCUAUCUUUAUAUCGAAUGCAAUGUUAUCAAAUGUCGGACUCGUAUAAGAAUGAACUAGCUUUGAAAUCAUCACGCUAUGAAUUGCAACCUAAAAGAUGCAGCAGACAGGCUCACAAACGCCGCAGCAGCCGGCCUCUCCCGUCAAGAGACCGGCCAGAUCCAAGAAUGGCUGUAUGACCUGCAGACGUCGCAAGGUGCGCUGUAAUGAAAUUCGUCCCAUAUGCGGCCAUUGUUCCCGCUUGAACUUGGAAUGUAGAUGGAGACCAUCUAAUUCAACCCUCUUGACGAAUAGCCCGGGUGGCACAUUACUUGCUAAUCGGGUGAGAUCUGAUGGCAAUACUAAUAGCGGUGGAAGUUCGAGAACUCUCGAGAUUCCACCACAGCCCUCAUCUUCUUCUGCCCAAGAAUCGUUUGAUGAUGUGUUCAACUAUGCGAGUUUCAUGUGGGAUGGACCAGAGAUUUGGAAGCCCCCGUCUUGGGGAAAUCAGGAUGUGCCCGUGGUAGACCAGGCUUUGCCAAAUGCAAUCAUGACCCCGUCAUUCUCUACGACCCUUUCGCCUCCCAUGGGAAACACUUUUGAUGUGUCCAUAUCAAGCAACUCCGACGGAUAUCCCGUUCUCGAGGAAAAUGCCGUUUCAUCUAGUAUCCCGUCAGGUGACCGGGCAUUGUUGGAUUACUUUGUGCAAUCAGUAGUGCCUCCAAUCAUAGCCCAGGUUGAAACCCAGAGCAAGUGGGCGUCUAUGCGGCAGACGCUCAUAUCCAUGUCCCGAUCGUCGUCAAUACUACGCCAUGCCAUCCUGACAUUUUCCUCGCUGCUCUUAUCUAGACAGGGCGAGGGAUUAGCAGAUACCACACAGAAGCAUUAUGCACAAACCGUCGCAGAGCUGACUAGGCAUGACGAGGUUGGCCAUACAUCCCAGCAGAGAGACGAUGCCCUCAACCGGGCUGCCAUGCUUGCGACUCUCUUUUUCCUUAGUUACACAGACCUUCUCGAAGGAAGAAACGAGCUUCUGCACUCAAAUCUCAAAAGAGCUUUCGGCAUCUACCAAUCAUCAGACAAAACACAUUUUCGGGCCGUCGAGAUACGCCUCCUCUCGUGGAUCCGCAUGAUAGAUGCUAGGGCAGUAUCCGCCGGUGGAGAGGGACUUUUCCUAUCCGAAAUCGACGAGAAGCUUUUAUCAUAUGCCUCACCCGGUAGCCUCGAUGGAGGCGAUUUAGGAAUCGGCGAUCAACCUGAGACAGAUAUUGAAGAAGUUCUCUUCGAUAUCCUGUAUCAACCGGGCAUCGUGUUCUUUCAGAAAGUACAAAGUUUCAGCGGAAGAAUUGCACAUCUAGAUCCUUUCCAUAGGCGCCGAGGUACCGUGGAAGAUGAGACUGAAGUGAUGAGUAUUGCGGCUGAAAUUUCGAAAGAUCUCCGCCAAUUAUACGAUGCCCGGCCUCCGCUAAUGGAUUAUGCAUCAGCCGGGCUCCUGGUGGCACCGCACGUUUCGUCAAAUCUUGCCCUUACAAUUUCAAGGGCGUUUCGGACCUUUUUGUCCAACUACCAUGCAAGUAAGAUUCAUUUACAUAGGGUUGCAUACAAAUCGCUCCCUCUGGCAAAAGAGACCAUCGAGUCAAUCGAUACCAUUCGUAAUCUAGCAAAGUUGCUCGUCGAUAGGGAUGCGCAAGACAUGUUACCGGUCAAUAUGCUCUGGCCGUUAUUGAUGUGGGGAUCCGAAGAGAAGGAUGGAGACGAACGAGCAUGGAUCAAAUCGCAGAUUCUUCGCAUGGAGAAAGUUGCAACGAAUGCCAGGAUUACGAGCCAGGUCCUUGAGGAGGUGCAGAAGCGCCAGGACACAUUGAAUGCCAGACAGGACAUUCGAGAGGUGAUGGAGCACGUCUUCAACAGCUGUUGGGCGAUCGUCUGAGAAACCCCGCUUACAGCCCAAUACCGCGAGGCGGCUGUCCUUAUCCGGUCGAUGACGUGCAAUUAGUCUCCCCUCUUAACACCCCAAAGGUUCAAGGCUAAUAAGCCCGUAAGCCCCCUUACUUAAGAGGCUUAAAAAAGCA